GCGCCCGGGCAGGAACCCUCACCUGAACAAACAGGUGCAGGCAGCUCGUCCGUGUGGCUUGGGCUGCGCAGGAGAUCUGAAGCCACCGAGCAUGACUAGUCCUGGCACAAAGGGCUCCUGGCUCUCGCAGCCGACGGUGAAGAGCGUGCUGGUGUAUCGCAACGGGGACCCUUUCUUCCCGGGGCGCCGUAUUGUCAUCCACGAGAAGAAAGUGUCCAACUUUGAUGUAUUCCUGAAAGAGGUGACAGGCGGGGUGAAGGCACCCUUUGGAGCUGUGCGGAACAUCUAUACCCCCCGGGGUGGGCAUCGUGUCCGGCAACUGGAGGAGCUCCAGAGUGGAGAGCAGUAUGUGGCUGGUGGCAGGGAAGCCUUCAAGAAACUCAACUAUUUGGACAUUGGAGAAACAAAGAAAAAACCUGCUGAAGUCAAUAAUGAGGUCAAGCCAGUUACUCACAGUAGAAUCACUGUGUCAGCACGGUUUCGAAAGCCACUCCAGGAGCCCUACACUAUUUUCCUGGUUGCUAACGGAGACCUUAUUAGCCCUGCAGUGCGCCUCCUCAUUCCCAGGAAAACACUGAAUCACUGGGAUCAUAUUCUUGAAAUGGUUACAGGAAAAGUUACCCUCAGAAGUGGAGCUGUUCACAGACUUUACACUUCAGAUGGAAAACUUGUUCAGAAUGGGUCAGAGCUGGAGAAUGGGCAAAUUUAUGUUGCAGUGGGUAGGGAAAAGUUUAAGAAGUUGCCAUAUGGUGAUCUGCUGUUUAGCAAAUCUACAAUGAGAAGACCACAGGGUUCCAAAGCCUCUGUACUACCUCCAAUUGUGGGAACUCGAAAGUCUAAAGGCAGCGGAAAUGAUCUGCAAUCUAAAUCUACUGCUGGGUCCAGUGACCGGGGAGAAACCUGUUCCUCACCUCAUCUUCCCAAAGGGAAAGACAAAAAAAGCCAGAAUCCAGAGAAUUCUGUGUCCAGACGACACUUUCCUAACAACUCUACAGAAGUAAAACAGACAGAAACAGCCUCCGCAGGAGUCCUUCAAUAUAAUGGUGAAGAUAUUUACAAAGCCAGAGAAGAGGGGUCUGAAACCUGGGGGGCAGUUGAAGUGCAGGAAGAUGAAGAUACUCUUGUAGAAGUUCCACUGGACCAGAGACCAGCAGAAACUGUCGAUGAAGAAGAAAAUGUAGAAGAGGAACAUGGCAGGGGAGAAGAGGCAUAUGAAGGAGAAGAAUAUCCAGAAGUGAACAGAGAGAAAAGUGGGGAAAGUGUUAAAGAAAGAAGUGAAGGGAAAGAAAACAAAAAGAAAUUAAAUGAAAAUUUUGAAGGUGAAGCAGAAGAAACAGAGAAUGUUGACCAAGCGGAGGAAGAGGAACGUAUCCAUUUAAAUGGCAAGAACAAUGAAGAAGAUGGUGAGGGAAUGGAGCACUUGAACUACCAAGAUGAUCUUCAGCCAGAAGAAGAAAUAAAAGAGGAUUCUGGCAGUCAGAACCAGGUUGAUUCCCAUCGUGAAAAAACAUCCACAACUCCAAGGGUGACAAUCACCAGCCCACAAGAAAGUGAAAAGAAUGACCAGAGCAAUGACUAUGCAGCAGUUGCAUAGAUAGGAAAAAAGUAAUGAGCAGAAAAUGAAAGAUUAUAAUACUUUAAAUAUAAAGCAGGUUAUAUUUUGUGAUUGAUAACUAGUAAUAGGAAGGCAGGUCGAGUACCUGCAUAAUGAGUAUUGAGAUGAUAAUGCUAUAUGGACUGAUAGAAAACAAGCAUUAGUAGCUACUAGAAGAACAUAGAAUUAUUUUUACAGGGUGAGAUUUUCUGAUAGGAUUUAAGGGAGGAAAUACAAGAGUACUGUAUAGUAGUAUUAGAAAUAAUGAAUAAACUAUUCUGUGAUACGAGCUAGUUAGCAGCAAUGGAAUAAGCACAAAAAUUACACUGUUCCAGGGAAAGGCAGAAAACCUACCCAAAUUCAAUGUCAAAACUUCUUCGCAUAUUUUUUCAGAAAAAAGAAACAAUUUUUACCUUUUAAUGAGGACAUAUGUAAUUUUUCCUUUAAAAUUCCACAUAAUGUGUAUGAUUUUCAGGCAUAACAUUAAGAUAUAAUUAGAAUAUGUUCCUCAAUUAAUGGACUUAUGCCCACAGAAAAUGGUGUACUAUCAUGAGGUGCCAGUUUUAAUGUUACUAAAUAGUGAAUUUUCAAUAUAUUAAUGAGAAUCGUUAGUUUUUGCAUACAUAAACAGUACUGAUUUAGCACUGUGCCUUUAUGUAGAUAGCCUGCAAUACUGCAAGUAGUUUCCAUUUAAAGCACAAAGUUUUGUUGAUUGUCCUGCACUGAUUCACUAAACAGUGAAUUGUUAUCAUAGAGAACAAAAAAGUAGAUUAGUUUAAAAAGUUGAAUUUGGAUGGAUUUGUAAUUCAGUCUAUGUGAAAUUUAAUUUAUUAGUGAAAUAAAAAAAAAA